AUGCAUGGAAUUUUCACACUAAUUCUUGUGUCACCGCUUCUUACACUUUCAUACAAUUGUGAAAACAUUACAGUCAAUUUUCCGAGUAAUUUUAUUUUUGCAACAUCUACUUCCGCAUAUCAAAUUGAAGGAGGAUGGAAUGAAGAUGGAAAAAGUCCAAGUGUUUGGGAUACUUUUACUCAUAAACGUCCUGAAAAGAUAUUUGAUCAUUCAAAUGGUGAUAUUUCAGUCGAUUCAUAUAAUUUGUUUAAAAAGGAUGUAGAAGCAUUGAAAAGUAUUGGAUUCCAACAAUAUAGAUUCUCAAUUUCAUGGCCACGAAUCGUUAUCAAUGGAACUAAAGUAAACAUAAAAGGCAUUGAUUAUUAUAAUAAAUUAAUUAAUGAUUUACUUCGAAAUAAUAUUGAGCCUGUUGUGACAAUGUUUCAUUGGGAUCUUCCUCAAUACCUUCAAGAUUUAGGGGGAUUCACAAAUCCUUUAAUUGUAAAUUACUUUGAAUAUUAUGCCAAUAUUUUAUUUGAAAAUUUUGGUGAUCGUGUUAAAACUUGGAUAACUAUCAAUGAGCCAAUGACAUUUUGUAUUGGUGGAUAUAGUGAAGGUAGAACAGGUCCAGCAGUUGAAGCUCCAGGAAUUGGAGAAUAUUUAUGCGGUCAUUACUCUCUAUUGUCUCACGCAGCUGCAUAUCGUUUGUACAAAAAUAAAUUUUAUGAACAACAAAAAGGAGAAAUUGGACUCAGUUUAAAUCUUCGAUACUCCUAUCCAAAAGAUGACAGUGUUAACAAUAGCUAUGUAAAUCAAGUUCUUGACUUUACAAAUGGAUGGCUACUUAAUCCCAUUUUUGGAGAUAAAGGAAAUUAUCCAGAAGAAAUGAUUGAGCUUUUUAAAAGAAAAAGUGUCAACGAACAAAUGUGGUCAAGAUUACCAAUUUAUAGCAAACAAGAAAUUGAAAAUCUUCAGGGAUCUGCAGACUUUUUGGGAGUUAACUAUUAUACUAGCCGAUUAGCUGCUCCAAAAAAUAGUGGAAGUGAUUUUUCACCUUUCUUUGAUAAUGAUAUAAAUGUAGAAUUUCACGUGGAUGAAUCAUGGAUUAAAGGAAGUACUAAUUGGAUGUACGUUGUACCAGAAGGUCUCUAUGAUCUUCUAAUUUGGAUUCGAGAAAAAUAUAAAAAUCCAAAAGUUUUCAUAACAGAAAAUGGAUUUCCUGAUCUUUCUGGUAUAAAUGAUGUCGGUCGUAUUAAUUAUGUUAAGCACCACCUUUUAUCCGUAUCAAGAGCUAUAAAAAGUAAUUGUAAUGUUGUUGGAUAUACUUAUUGGAGCUUACUUGAUAAUUUUGAGUGGUCUGAUGGAUAUACACAGAAAUUCGGAUUGUUUUAUGUUAAUAUAAGUAGUGAAUCGAAAGAUCGAGUUCCAAAAAGCUCCGCACAAUUCUUUAAGGAAUUGAUUAAGAACAGAAAAUUUACUAUGUGAACGCACAAUAAGAUUAUAUGAGAAUUUUAUUUUUGUGGAA